CUUUCAUGACCUGUCCGAUUCUGACGCUCACCUUUCUAUAGCUGACUCCGGUGAUACUUAUCGACCCCGUGAGAGGUCACGAUCUCCUCGCAGACGCUCAAGAAGCCCCGAAAGGCCACACCGACGCCGCUCCUACUCCCCCCGCAGCCGAUCAGGAAGCCGGGACGACUAUCGACGAAACCGUGAUCGCUCGCCCAUGACUAGCACAGGCGCACCAGGUGGAGGACCAAGUGCAGGAUACGGUGGACAGGCCCCUCACCGAUCUUACGAAGAGCGAGCCGUCGCUCGAGAACAAAUGAUGAACAACAUUCGCGAAUCGUCCCAGCAGGACCGCCGAGUCUACGUCGGUAACCUCUCGUACGAUGUCAAGUGGCACCAUCUCAAGGACUUCAUGAGACAGGGUGAGGCUUUCAACGCCGCGGAACGCAGGUGGAAUACAUGGGACUGACGAAAUGGUAUAGCUGGAGAGGUGCUCUUUGCCGACGUGCUCUUGCUUCCCAACGGA